AGAAUACCCUCCAUGUUCUGACAAGGCGGCCUCUACAAGCACGUUCAACGGCUCAUUCCUCCAUUUACCUUGUCAGCAACACACCAACCAGCCCAAUGACCGUAUCCGAUACCACGCCCGCUUCCUCUACGCCGUCGUGCGCCUACGCCGACGACGCAGCCGCCGGCUCGUGCGCGUUUGAAUCGACCAACAAGCCCGCCGACGGUGCCAGCAUCGGCCGCGCCUCGACGUCAGCGACCAUCGGAGCCUACGCCACGUACAUUGGCAACCUGCACCGCAACACGUACGCGUCCUACAUUCGCCUCCACGAGCUCGAGAAGGUCUGGGGUCUCUGGUCGUACGUCUCGCCGACGCAGACGAUGCCGUUCGAGCCGAUCGAGUCGGUCUCGGCGCCUCUCUCGGAGCCGGUCGCGCUGAGCCCGGCACCGGGUCCGCUCUACCGCGUCGCGCCGGCGCUCAGUUCGUUUGAGAUUACACUGCGGCUCUUGCUCGAGUUUAUGGACGUCAACGUCGGCGCUACCGUCGAGUCGACGGCGCCGCGCUUUCGCCGGCACCGGCCGUACGUCAACCACGCGUCGCGCGUCGACGCCGUCAUGCGCAACCUCAGCGCGCAGCUGCUCAUGAUGCGCACGGUGAUGGACAUGGACCUCGCGGCCGUCAACGACAAGGCGCAGAUCGCGGCCAUGUACGACCUCACGCGCGACGGCAGCAAGGAGAGCUUGGCUCUCGACGGUCACUGGUGGUGGCGCGACAGCGCGCCAAACGCAUCCUUCCCGCCGCACGAGCUCCUCCAGCGCGUCUCGGGGCUCUUGAGCUGCCACUUUUCGGGCCUGCCCUUUGGCCCUGGCCUCGGCGCGUCCGACGGCCUGCAUCUGCCGUACGACAAGCUCGUACUGCCGACGCACACGCGUGCGCACUGCACCCAAGACGAGGACGACCAAGAUUUCGUCGAAGAUCACUUUUUCGCGACUGUGCACCAGAUCACGGAGGCGUGGUGCUGCGUCAUGGAGCGCCAGCUCGACGUUGCGCAAUUCGACCUCGACCACUUGGACCUAAACGCGUCGACGGCGGUGAACGCGGCCGUGCUGACGCGCGUCGCGCGCCGGUACCGCUUUGCGUGCCAGAUCUGGGAGUAUCUCAUUGACCACAUCUCGAUCUUGAGCGAGAUGGACGCCGCCGACUACUUGACGCUCAAGCUCCACUUGCAUGGCGCGAGCGGGGGCCAGAGCGUGCGCUUGCGCCAGCUCGGACGCCGCAUCGCACACCUCAUGCCGCUCGCACCAACAUGCCUCGUUGGCGUCGCCCAGCGGUCGACUGUCGACCCCACGAGCCUUGUCGACAUGCUCCAUGUGCUGAGCCAAGUCCGGUCUGAGAAGCCCGAGGACGAAACCGAGAAGCAUGACCUGGUCGCAACGAUUCAAACCAUGUUUGCGUCGCGGGUGUCGCCGGGCGCCCAGUGCAUCCAGAUCGUCCAGGCCAUCCAGAUGCUUGAGAACGCAGUUCGACGCUUCUACUUUGGCCACCAGCACCUCGCGAUCAUGGUGCUGGGCGCGGGCGCCGCCGGGACCCAAGAGCUCACGGUCAAGAUGCUUGAGCGCGGCUGGAAGGACGCCAACCGGUACCUCUCGUGCGAGCACGCGAAAGAGCAGCUCUCGAGUUCGCUCGACGCGGCCCAGCUGGCCGUCGACAAGUCGUUCAAGGGCCGCAUCAUCCGCACGCUCUCGGAAGGCGCGCGGCAGCGCCAUCGCGAGCUCAAGCAGCGUGUCCAGUGGCAGCAGCUGAUGUGCCCGCGCUCGGCCAUGGCGGUUGAGGUGGCGGCAAAACCCGUCGCCGAGCUCGGUGUCAAGACGACGUCCCCGUUCCGACCGUACUUUGCCCGGUCGCUUGCGCUCCAGGACCCGCAAGCGCUCCACUUUUCCACGUACGGCAUGGGUCUCGCACCCGACGUGUCCUUUGAUAGCGUCGUCGGAACACAUCGGCUACUCGCGUCGACGCUCAACGAGUCGUGGGACCACGUCUUUGCGCACGACGUGCCAACGGCGGCCGCGUACAUCAAGCAGGCGCUCGGUGUCGCCUCGGCAGCGUACCACAUCAACUUUGGAUCCAACUGCCACGAGUUCCUCUUGCGUCUACUGAGCUGCCACCCGCAUGGCAAGGCGCUGCGGGUGCUGACCUCGGACGCUGAGUUUUUGUCGUUUUCCCGGCAGAUGGACGCGCUGCCGCAUCACACGGUCGAGACGAUUGCGCUGACGCCGUUCGAGACGUACGGCGCGCGUCUGGCGGCCGCGGCGGCCAAUGGCAUCUACGAUGUGGUGUACGCCAGCGUUGUGUACUCCAACUUUCAAUUUCGGCUGUCAGAUGCGAGCAUUGCGUCGGUGGCAACGGCGCUUCCGACGAGCAGCAUGUUCAUUCUGGACGUGGCGCAGACGCUCGAGAACGUCCCGCUCGCGCUGCCGUCGCAGUUUCCCCACCUCUUUGUCAUUGGCAGCGGCAUCAAGCACGCGACUGCGGGGCCCGGGCUCGGCUUCAUCGCAUUUCCGAGCACGACGUCAUGGACGCCGGCCAACACGGGCUGGAUCGCCGACCUCUCGGUGCUCUCGCCGACGCAUGUGCCGACCAAGGUCGUCGGCUACACGCCCGACCUCAAGUUCCAGGGGGGCACCCCCGGGUUUCACUACGCGCUGCGCCAGUGGAACGACGUCCAAGCCUUUUACGCGUCGCACAACUGGACGAUUCAGCUGCGGCAUGCGUAUGUUUUGCGACUCCAAGAUCGGUUCUUUGCGCGCCUUGGCAAGGUCUUCUCGGCCAGCACCACGCAGCGCGCGACGCAGGACCCGGCGACGAUCUCCAACGCGUUUGUGCUGCAGCAUUCGCAAGCGGCUGCGAUCCAAGAGUACCUCACGCAGCCCGCGCGCCGCCCCGCGACUUCAACGUCCCGCCUCGUGUUUCACUGCGACGUGCGCAAGAAGACGUCGCUCCGCCUCGGCUUUGGCAUCCAGCACGUUGUCGCGGAUGUCGACGCACUCGCCGACAUUGUAAUCGAAGCGCACGCGAUCCUGGCGACGCCCGAGCCGCUGACGCUGGUCGUGUAAGCAAGUUGUCAAGCGUUGUUGUCGUAGCAAUCGUAGUAGUAUGUCUAACGUAUAUAUCUAUACCUGUAUUCCA